ACAACUGAAGGACGGCAAUAGCCAGUGAUGCACUAGCCAAAGGUCUCAUAUAUUAUAUAUAUAUUGUUCUGUCAUUUGAAGAAAGCCACUUGUUGGAAUACCUGGCCCAAAGAGCAGACUGGGCACGCCUUACAGACAAACAUGGGGAAGAUGGGGAGACCUUUACUUCUCCUUUUUGCUUUUUUAGCUUCCUCUUACUGUAAUUCUAUCCCUGUGAUUAACAUGGCUUUGGAAGAAGUGAGUGAAGAUCUUGAAGUAGGCGAAUUUGCUUUUCAAAUCAAAGCAACUGAUCCAGAUGAUGACCCUUUAACAUAUGGCAUCACUGGGACAGACUCUAGUCAUUUUGAAGUGGACAAGGCGACCGGUGAAGUCAGAAUCAAGAGUAUGCUGGACAGAGAGGUGAAAGACCUCUUAAACAUAGAGGUUUGGGUGAAUGAUGGUGUUUAUUCGGAUGUGACAAAAACGGUUUAUAUUGCCAUUUUAGAUGCUAAUGAUAAUGCUCCAGUAUUUCAAAAUCUGCCCUACAAUGCAGAGGUUUCAGAGAACGCACCUGUGGGGACUAUGCUGUUCACAGCAAGCGCCACAGAUGCAGAUUUUGGCACAGCUUCUAUUGUGACCUUCAGAAUUGAAGAAGUGGUACCAAAUGAUGGAGCUAGCCUAUUUUCGAUCGAUGAAAAUUCUGGAGGUGUUACUCUGAUGGGAACUUUGAGCUUCACUGACAAAAGUCCUUUCUAUCAGAUACGAGUCAUUGCGUCUGAUGGUGGUGGGCCACUGAAUGGUGCCCAUGUGAUUCAGUCCUCAUCAGCAAUUGCAUUCAUUACGGUUAAGGAUAUGCCAGAUCUCGACCCACAGUUUCUGAAUUUACCUUAUUUUGCUGAUAUUGAAGAGAAUUCAGCUGUGGGUACGUCAGUCUUUACUGUGAGAGCCAGAGAUCCAGACACUGGAGUCAAUGACCAGAUCCACUUCAGCAUUGAAAGUACUAAUGCACCAGACCUGUUUCAAAUCAGUGACAUGACUGGUGACAUAACUAUCAAAACUGUACCUGACCGUGAAGAAUUACUGGAUAUAGAUGCUGUCGUAAUUUUGAAAAUAAAGGCAAGUGAAACUAAUCUUAAUGUGGAUGGAAUUAUUGCAAGCACAAUAGGAGAACUACAGAUUUCUAUUAGAGAUCUGAAUGACAAUGGUCCUGAAUUCUACGAGUGUGAUGGUGAACCUGAAACCUGCACACAGAAAAACAGCUUCACAGGCACAGUUGAAGAGCAAUCAUCUGCAGGACUGUCAGUAAAUGAACUGAAUAUUAAAGUCAAAGAUCCAGACGAGAGGCAAAACAGCAGAUUCAAUCUACGUCUUGAGGGACCUGAUAUGGAGGCCUUUGCUGUCAGUCCCAGCUCUGGGGUGGGAGAAAGUUUUGUACAAGUGAUAAUAAAAGAUCCACUUGCUGUUGAUUUUGAGAAAAAGACAGUAAUGUCUGUUCAGAUUAUUGCUGAAGAUGCCAGUGCAGACUUCAUCUCUGUGACCUCUGUCACCAUUAACAUCAUUGACGUGAAUGAUAAUGUUCCUGUGUUUGAGGAGGAUGUUUAUGAGUUUUCUGUUGAUGAACACUGUGAUGACGGAACAGUUGUGGGCACAGUUACUGCGACAGAUGAAGAUGCCUUGGAUGCAGGCAAACUCACUUACAAAUUGAUGCCCGAAAACAUCCUGGAGUUAUUCGAUGUUCAUCCGGAGACUGGAGUUAUCUUUGUAAAAAAUGGACAGCGUCUUGACAGAGAAGGCACCAAUUCCUAUUCACCCACCCUGCAGGCCAAAGAUUCAGCCGGCAAUAUUGGUACCACUGUUCUGCUGAUCACCAUUCUGGAUAUUAAUGAUCAGACACCAGAGAUGAACAGAGAUCUUUACGAAGCCUUUGUACAAGAGAACCAAUUGUUUGAUCUGAGAAUCCAGGCUAGAGACGGAGAUGACCCAAAUACAGUAAACAGUCAAAUCCAGUAUCGUAUCGAUGACGGCCCAUUCAGUGAUAACUUUACCAUAGACAAAGACACCGGUUGGCUUAAAAACAACGGUCUGCUGGACCGUGAGUCUAUUGACCCUGAACUAGACGGUAUGAUUCACUUGGUGGUGAUCGCUUCCGAUAUGGGCACACCAUCCCUGUCCUCCUCAGCCAGUGUGGCCAUCAACAUUGGGGAUGAAAAUGACAAUCCUCCACAGUACCUUGAUCCUGCUCCCUAUGAAUUUAAAGUAAAGGAAAGUGAAUAUGGCAUAUUGGUUGGCUCUUUGCGAGCACACGAUGCUGACCAAUCAGACUUUUAUAACCGUAUCUUCUUUAGCAUUACUGAUGGCAGUCUUGGAAGUUUCAUAAUAUUUUCUGAGGCCAUCAGUGAAGGAUACAGUGGAAAAAUCACAGUUGAUCCUUCAGUCGAGCUGGACUAUGAAAGUGACCGGAAGAUAUACAAUCUAAUGGUACAAGCCUCAGAUUUGGUUGGGGAAAAGGCGGAGACUACAGUGAGAGUAAUAGUGGUAGAUGUGAAUGACACUCCUCCUGAAUUCCCGUCCAACAUGAUCCUGGAUGUAAAAGAGAACAGCACCUUGUCAAUGCCUCUGGACACAAUCGAAGGAAACGAUGUGGACACUGAACACUUUCUAGAAUAUGAGCUUGUCUCUACUGAAUGCCAGUGCAGUGGCUCUAAAGGACCAUGUCCUGAAGAGUGGUUCAAAGUUGAGCCUAACGGUCAAGUGGUAACUAAUCCUGUCUAUGAUAUUGACUAUGAGAAAUGUGAUAAAGUGUUUUUAAAUGCAAAGGUGGUGGAUGUUUUAACUGAGAAGAGGAGUAACAGCACAGAAGGAGUCGUCACUAUUAAUAUUGUGGAUAUCAAUGACAAUGCCCCAGAGUUCGUUGUCUUGCAGGACUUCUAUGUUGUAGUCAUUGAGAAAGUUGAGGUGGGCACGUCUGUCGGCAGAGUUUAUGCCACAGACAGAGACACAGGAGAUAACAAAUUAACCAAAUUUGAAGUUACCAAGGUGGACUUUGUGGACAGUGAAGGGACUAAUCCAGAGAGCUUGUUCCUCUAUGCUGACUAUGCUGAUCAGGUAGAUGCUGAGGGAAGGUACAGUGCAUAUAUAAGGUCCCAGAAGGCAAUGGAUAAUAAUAAAAGAGGAAAGUUCAUAGUGCAAGUAAAGGCAUAUAACCUUGAUGGUCUCAAUUCCAUCUCUGUGGUUGAGCUUCUCACGGUUGACAGCUCCUACAGAGUCAGUCUCAGAUUUAGUGCAUCUGUGUCUGAGGUCAAUGAGAAUUUACCUCAAAUUAGAGGGAUUCUGGUAAGUGCUACAAAAGCAACGGUUGAAUUCUUCAAUGUGUUUAGUGAGAUUGUUACCCGAUCUGAAGAGACAACCAUCUUGGAGGCAUAUUUUGUGUUCCCAAACGGCACAGCUCUUAACUACGAUGCAGUGACCUCAAUCCUGAAUUCAGAAGAGGUCUAUAAGGAAUAUGGAUACCAGCUAACUCAGCUUGGAUUUACUGCCAUUUUAACCACUGUUAUCGAGUCUACAGAGGUGAAGACAGAGGUGUUCAUCAUGAUUGGUUUGAUGGCUGCACUGGCGAUUAUUCUUGUUGUAACAACCACCUCUCUUGUGUGCAUCAGAAGAAACUACAAGAGGAAACUAAAGGCAGCCAAAGCCAUGAAUUCAGCAGCCACCGUGGUCAUAGAGAAUCAGAAGACUGGCCCUGUUGUUCCUGGAACCAACAAAUACACCAAAGAAGGAGCAAACCCAGUGCUGAAUAUGAAUAUUGACACUGCCACAGACCUAGGCUUUGAUGAAGACGGCUCCAGUGCAGACAGAGAGAGCCUUAAUUCCCUGGACUACAACAUUGAUAUGACCAUGACAGAGAAAGACACUAUGCCAAUGAUGGUAAUUCAGGAGGAAGAGGAGGAGGAUGAACGGAGCGAAUCUCCAUACAUUGAGCCUCUGGGUGCUGCACUUGCCCAGCGAGAAAAGCGGAGAGGUGCCGACAGUACCGGUCUCACUUUUGCAAACCCUUCCAUAGACACCACUGAUCUCUAACAUUCAGCCUCUGACCUCCACCUAUUUGCCAUUUUUAUACGUGAUCCUGCCAAAAAGGAGAAAAGACUUGAUGAAUUUCACAAUACAUUCCAUUGGGACAAACUCUAACUUUAAAGUUAAACAACUUUAAAUCAUCAAUGCACUUUGAAAUGUAAGAGAAAAAAGUCUUGGUGCACUAAAAACAAGCAGUAUUUUGAAGUUAAAUUGUACUUACAUUAUUCUCCAUUAUUUUUCAUAUUUUGAACUUUUGAAUUCUCCAAUAUGUAAUACAUAUUCUUUGAAUGUAUUGUCAUACAGAAGAAAGGAACUCUGAACAAAAAAAAAAAAUGGAACUGUAGUAACAGAAACUAAAGUAAAACUGCUUGUGUAUUCUGCCAAAUAUUACCUGGCACUAGUCUGCUAAGUUUAAGUCUGAGUCAAAUCAAGUUGCUUGAAAAAAUAAAUAAAUAAAUAAAACAAAAAAGCAACUCACAUCUAUGUCAGAUGGUGACCAGGAUGUACAUAUAUAUAUAUAAAUAUAUAGUAAACUGUCUAUAUAUGGUGUGUUGUUAAAUGUUCUAAGUGCAAUCAUUCAAUAGCAUGUUCUGUGAAAUCAAAAAAAUAAAAAUAAAAUGUAUCAUAACUGAGUAUUAAACUGAGUCACAAAUCAA